AUGAACCUGCAGAAGCAGAGACCAGAAAAAGAGACACCCAUGGACAUCACAACCUGGAUUAGCAACUACACUACACAGUCAGAUUUCACCCUGGUGGGACUCUUCAGUCAAUCCAAACACCCUGCCCUGCUUGCUGUGGUCAUAUUUGUGGUUUUCCUGAUGGCCUUGUCUGGGAACGCCCUCCUGAUCCUGCUGAUACUCUCUGACACCCACCUCCACACACCCAUGUACUUUUUUAUCAGCCAGCUGUCCCUCAUGGACAUGAUGUAUAUUUCUGUCACUGUGCCCAAGAUGCUUAUGGACCAGGUCCUCAUGAGCCACAAGAUCUCGGUCACUGCCUGUGGCAUGCAGAUGUUCCUCUACCUGACACUAGUAGGGUCAGAAUUUUUCCUUCUAGCUGCCAUGUCCUAUGACCGCUAUGUGGCCAUCUGCCAUCCACUCCGGUAUCCUGUCCUCAUGAACCACAGGGCAUGUCUCCUCCUGUUGUCUGUCUGUUGGCUCCUGGGAUCUUUAGAUGGCUUCAUGCUCACUCCAGUCACCAUGAACUUCCCAUUCUGUGGAUCUCGGGAGAUCCACCACUUCUUCUGUGAGGUUCCUGCUGUGACAAAGCUCUCCUGCUCAGACACCUGGCUCUAUGAGACCCUCAUGUAUGUGUGCUGUGUAAUUCUAAUAGGUCUGCCUUUGUCUAUUACUUGGUCCCUUUCCCUUGUAGCUUUUAAUAUCAUAUCUUUGUUUUGUCUGCUUAAUGCUUCAUGA